UGCCGCCUCGUCAAUUUUCGUCCAUUGAGCUCCGCCUAUCUACUAUAUUGAAGCUCAGACUCUAAACUCCCACCCACCGGACGCGACAGAGAAUCGAUAGAGACUAAGUUCAAGUCAUUUCGAUUCCAAGCUCAUAAAUAGACAACCUUCUUAACUCCCUUGAGAGGCUCCUUUGGAGCUAAUCAUCGCAAAAAUGUCGAACAAACAGGGCAAAAUGGCCGGUUACAUCAACUACCGCAUGAGGGUCACGUUGAUGGACGGCCGCCAGAUGACGGGACAGAUGCUUGCUUUCGACAAGCAUAUGAAUCUCGUCCUUGCCGAUACUGAAGAGUUCCGACGCGUAAAGCGGAAGCAAAAUAAGCCUACUGCCCCCGGCGCAUCCAGUUCAGCCGCAACCCUGACGAUCGAGACAGAGGAGAAGCGCACUCUGGGUUUGACGAUUCUACGUGGUGCUCAUAUUGUGUCUUUAUCUGUUGAAUCUGCGCCUCCGGCCGAUCCUAGCACGCGACUUGGAAAGAGUACUCCGGGUGGUUUACCUACCGGCUUAACUUCCGGUCCAGGUGUCUCGCGUCCUGCCGGCCGUGGUGCGGCCCCGUCGUCCCUUGCUGGACCAGCUGCUGGUGUUGGUGGCAGUGCUCCCCCUCCUUUCCCCCAGUUUGGUGGAGCCCCUGGAUUUGGACCUGGACGAGGUGGCCCUCCCGCGCCUGGGUUUCCCCCUGGUGGAUUCCCGCCGCCAGGCUUCCCCCAGAACACUCAGUUCCCACCUCCUGGCUUUAAUCCUGCCGGUGGCCCUCCUCCGGGAUUCAACCCUCCUCCGCGAAGAUAGUUAUAGAGCGAACGUUUGGUUCUAAGGUAAAGAAAUCCUGCCGAGUAACGAAUGCAGAUACCAUUGGCGUUUGGGGUGGUGGCCAAAAACUACGUAAUGGAUAACACCAAAAUGGCGGGAAUUAUAUUCUGUACUCUAUAUUAGUUCAGAAGAUCUCGGUCAUAGCACCGCAUUGGGUCUCGAGAAUUCAAGGCCAAUUCAUUAGUUGCCGACUUAAAGGUUGAGGUUGACAAGUAUAUCAUGGAGGAGAUUUAUUUAUAUCUUGCGUAGCAAUAAACUGCAUAUUACCUACG